AUGGCUUCAGUUUCUUCAAGCCCUCGAACUGUAGAGGAGAUCUUCAAAGAUUACAGCUCUCGUCGUGGCGGAAUCGUUCGCGCUUUAACUGACGACGUGGAUGAAUUUUACGGCCUCUGUGAUCCAGAAAAGGAUAACUUGUGUCUUUAUGGACACUCAAACGAAACUUGGGAAGUAAGUCUACCAGCUGAAGAAGUUCCGCCUGAGCUUCCAGAGCCAGCACUUGGGAUCAAUUUUGCUAGGGAUGGAAUGACCCGUAGCGAUUGGCUUUCACUAAUUGCUGUGCACAGUGAUUGUUGGUUGCUCUCUGUGGCUUUCUAUCUUGGNGGGAUUAGCUUUCUUGGUCAUGCAUUCUCAGAUUGUUUUUGA